AUGGCAACUGUAUCUACCGUUCAGCUACCGCAACAGCCUAGUGUGCUGCAAAAGCUCGGCAUGGGAGCUAUGAUGGGAACUGGUGUAGGAUUGUGUAUCGGAUUCAUCGGUGGUGCAUUCCAGAUUUUAAGAGCUGGACCUGGACCGAAAGGCACAAUGGGUACUUUGGGACAAUUUAUGGGCACUUCAGCUGCUACGUUUGGCUUCUUCAUGUCAAUCGGUACCGUCAUUCGAACAGAGGGUAGAGAUAUGGAAGGGGAAGAUAUUAUGCGAAGAUUAACACAAGAACCAAACAGUCUACGCAUUUUGCAAAUGGAAAGAAUGAAAAAUCGAACAAGAGAACUUAGUUGAAUGUACACAGUAGGUGAUUGGAAUGACAUAUUUGAGGAAAUGACAGAGAAGACCCAAAAAGCCUUGCAAUCAAAGCGCCUGCGCUUGUGCUAGGACAGAGAAAGAAGUGGGAUCUAAAGACAUGAGCGAAAUCGAGGAGAACUUGAAUAUAAAAAAAAGUCAUCGAGUCGAAAUGAUCAGCGAUAUGAGCCCUUUGGUGACAUAUUGGCCCUUUGAUACCAGUACAAAGGCAUUUUCAUUGUUUACUACUACUACCGCCACCAAAAUAUUGGCGCAUUUGAUGUUCCAAAUUUUCUUUUGUCUUCUUGGCG